AGAGAGAGAGAGAGACGGGGAGAGGGAAAGAGAGAGGUUGAGUUGACAGCGUGACAGAUUUACACAGGGACUCUCUGGAAUAAUCUGUGGCCGGUUUGCUGUCAGUUGCUGCCGAGUGUUGAACCAAACCGGCGGCGGAUUUGAGCCUCGUUAAAAGCCCGCAGCUCACCGCCCGGAGCCAGAGCAACAUCGGACGGCAGGCGCUGCCUCAGAUUCCUCUGUGGUCAACAGAAGACGGGACUGAAUUGAGCGGAGCAAAGCUCUGUCGGCGUUUGUUCUUACCGACCCUCGUAUCCCUGAAGCUACCUCAAGAAGACCCACAGCUUGUCUAGAAUCAACCAAACCGACACCACAAACCUCACCUAACCUCUGCCUACUCAGGAGGAGAUGGAGAACUGACCGAGGACCCGCAGGUGACAGAAGGCAGCACCUCCGUCCCCGUCCACUUGCAGCCAUGGCGGGGCUCAAACGUCAUCAUGAUGGGAAGAUUGCUGGGCUGUACGACCUGGACAAGACUCUGGGCCGUGGGCACUUUGCUGUGGUCAAACUGGCUCGACAUGUUUUCACCGGGGAAAAGGUUGCAGUAAAGGUGAUAGAUAAGACUAAGCUGGACCCAGUGGCCCGGGGUCACCUUUUCCAGGAGGUGCGAUGCAUGAAGAUGGUGCAACACCCCAACGUCGUGCGCCUCUACGAGGUAAUCGACACGGCCACCAAGCUCUACCUCAUCCUGGAGCUGGGAGACGGAGGAGACAUGUACGACUGCAUCAUGAAGCAUGAUGGAGGCCUCAGCGAAGAGGUGGCCAAGUGUUACUUUGCCCAAAUUGUCCACGCCAUCUCCUACUGUCACCGGCUACACGUCGUGCACAGGGACCUGAAGCCUGAAAACGUGGUGUUCUUUGAGAAGCAGGGCGUCGUCAAGCUCACCGACUUUGGCUUCAGCAACCGGUUUCAGCCCGGGAAAAAACUCAACACCUCCUGUGGUUCGCUGGCCUACUCUGCUCCUGAAAUACUGCUGGGGGACGAGUAUGACGCCCCUGCUGUGGAUAUAUGGAGUCUGGGGGUGAUCCUGUUCAUGCUGGUCUGUGGUCAGCCCCCCUUCCAGGAGGCUAACGACAGCGAGACGCUCACUAUGAUCAUGGACUGUAAAUACACAGUGCCUCCUCACAUCUCCCAUGCAUGUAGAGAUCUUAUAGGCCAUAUGCUGCAGAGGGACCCCAAGAAACGAGCGACCCUGGAGCAGAUUGAAGCCCAUGAAUGGCUCCAAGGUGUCGACCCCUCCCCGGCCACCAAGCUGUCCACUCCUCUGGUGUCCCAUCGCAGCUUGUCGGAGGAGGAGCACGGCUCCAUCAUUCAGCGCAUGGUGCUGGGGGGUAUUGCAGACCGAGACACAAUAACUGAGGCUCUGGAGUCGAAUCAGUACAACCACAUCACAGCUACCUAUUUCCUGCUGGCUGAGAGGAUGCUGAGGGAGAGGCAAGAGAAGGAGCAGCACAGCCAGACCCGAUCACCCAGCCCUAGCAAGGCCCAGUUCAGGCAGUCCUGGCCCACAAGAGUGGAUGUUCACCAGGAUGUCAGUGAUGGCUUGGGGGGUCCGUCUAUCUCCCACCCUGGUGGGCCACAGUCCCCUGCCCGUAGUGCUGAGAGCCUCCACAAAGGCCCCAGGCCCAAAACAGCUCUGCUGGACCUCAACCAGCGGCAGGAGAACCACACUCCAGCAUCGAGCCAGCAGCAGCCUGCUCGACAGAACCAAGAGAGGGGCCUCAGGCCUCUGGCAAAGCCCCACUCCAACCCUAUCAGGUUGGGCUCUCUUGCCUCAGUGGGCCCUUGCAAACCCCGUAGUCCCAGCCUUUUCAGUGUGGAAGAGGACGAGGAAGAAGACGGGGAGGAAGACAAAUGUUUGCCCCCCUCUACACUGCCUGCUCAGGUGGUGCUUCGUUGCAAAACCUCUUCCUCAUCUAUGUCUUCUUCUGGUAAUCGGCUGACAUCGCGUAUGAGUGCCCCAGUCCUGAACCAGAUCCAUGAGGAGGAUAAAGAGGAUGAGGAAGAGGAGGGGGGGAGAGAGCUGCAUGGACUCGGUCUGCCCAAACCAAGCCUCAGCCUCAGUCUGAACUCUCAAAUACCAUCACCAUCAACACUCAUGUCCUCGCCUAAAACUGUAAUGGCACCUGUGGCCACUUUCACCCCCAGCUCAGAGACCAGUGAUGACGAUACAGAAAGUCACCACGUAACAGACGCUGCAACUGUAGGUGGACAAGGGGAUGAGAGAGAAGGGAGGAAAGAGGAUAGAGAGAAAAGGGGGUCAGGGCAGGGCAGUCCCUCCAACUGUGCCAGUCCUGGAUCAGGUUCAGGCCAAGGCAAGGGCUCAGCCAAAGCUCCCAGUGGUCUGGUAGAAAGCCUAAAGCUGAUGAGCCUGUGCCUGAGCUCUCAGUUCCAUAACCUGACAGGGGGGGGAGGAAGUGUUGGGGGUGGCAGUGGUGGAGGCGUUGGGGGCGACAACCAGGACCGUCCCAUGUGGAGGAUGUGCAUGGGCGGCUCCACUGGUAGCCUGGAUAAGGUCUCGCUCCUGGGUGGCCCUUCACCCAGGGGGAACCUUUACCAGCAGCCCCCACUGGGAGACGCUCUAGCUGACCCUCUGCUGGAGGGCCCCUGCUCGGGCACCCUGAGGCUGGGAGAGCUGGACCUGGCCAGGGAGAACCACCGGAACAUGAAGAACCGCGUGCUGCAGAUGCCUCUGAGCGACAAGACUCUGUCCGUCAACAUCCACCGGAGUCCCAAGGAGGGUCUGCUCUGCACCCCCACCCCACACAGUUGCUGCCAGGUCAUCUAGAGCACAGACAGGCACGGCAUCAGCUGCUGCACCUCCACACUCCUCCACUUACAUCCAUUCAUCCCUUGCAUCCUGCCUUUGUUUCAGUUACAGUAUGUCACCGCUGGCUCAUGCGUUCAUAUUAUUUAUACAUUUAUUGCUGUUUCCUUUUGUUUAACACUUAACGGUGGACGACUGGGAGAAAGUCCAAAUGCCAACCUUGCACAUUUAGAGACACACAGCGUCUCCAUGGAGGAGACUGGGUGCCACGCCAAGUAUGUGAAGCACUUUAAGAAGAUUAAACGGGGACACUAAGGGGACAUUUUAAUCUGCUGGUGGUUAAAUAAGAGACAUUAAGUAUGGAAACGUAUACGGGAGGUGCUCACAUCCCUGCUCUUACACACUUGUAUAUAUACUGUAUGUACACAACGUUCACACCUACAUCACUCUAAUAAGCUGAUGAAAGGGAAAGCUAAUGAGUUUUAGUAUCAUGUUACAUAUCGUCGUUUGUUGUUCUUUGACGCUGUUUUUUUAAUAUCGUUAUUUUUUAAAUUAUUUUUGAGAGAAUCAUUUUAUCUUUUUUUUGCUUUUUUAAAUUCUGACUGAAAGAGUUUAGUUAUGACUUUGUUUUCAUUCAGGUGAAGACAAAUAACAGGGUGAAAAUGGACGGCAGCACUUAAGUAUGAUGGUGGCACACAGUAUUUUGUAGUCUAUCACUGUUUUUAUUUUUCUAUCUCGAACGUGCUCUGCAGAAAGAAAACGCACACUCACUUGUCAAGUCUCUGCAGUCACACGGCAGAGUUUGUACAUAUGUGAAUAACCUCCUAGCAGUACUCUGUACCUGUAGUAUUGACUGUAAAGUUGUAUUGCAGUAGAAACCUGAAUACUAGAUCCUUAUACACCAUUAUUCUUCACUCCUACUGGAUAGCCAAGGUUUUGGUUGAACCCAGAGCUCGAAACAUGUUUGAUGUCUGAAAAACAAACAGAUUUAAAAUCUCCACUGACGCCUAAGUAAAUUAUUAUACAUGUAACGGCAGCUCUUCAAGUUCAAAAUGACCCUGAGAUCAUGAUCAGUGGUAGGAAAAGUAAUUACUGGGUGGAACCCAAACCAUGUACAUCCCGUAGCUCUCCAGGAUCACGGUAGCCACUAUUGUAGCGUAUUCCAAGACGAAAACAACAAAGGGGUUUCAGAAGAGCAUAACUACACCGCCCCUUCAAGUAUCGGUCUGUGUAACUGGAUGUGUGACCCAACCCUAGUGGCAUAUAUAACUUGACAGUGCAUGUGUUUUGCUGUAGCAACCUUAUCCUUAACCCACCGAGGUCAACCCACCUGCUGUAUCUACCUAAGUAACAGAUUCAAAUGGUCACUUUACUGUAGCCUCACAGCAAUACCAGCGACUGCAAAAUGUACAACAAAAAUGGAUGUGCCAUAAAAUCUGUCUUGAGCAUAUUGUACUGUAUGUAUAUGAUAGAGAUCUAUUCAAAUAAAAUGAUGUGAACGAAG